AUGUCUCUCUGGUCGUCGGGAAUUUCCUGCACGAGACUAAUGGCCGAGUCCGGUCUGUUCUGCAGAGUGUCUGUUUGUGGGGACUGCGACCGAUCCCAUUGCCCAACCAUGCCCGCCAGAUCAAAGCAGCCAUCGAGAAAGGGCAAGGAGGUUCCCGCCCGCUGCGAACCCUAUGAUCAGCGGUACGACGCAUCCCCCACUGGGACGGCGAGUAGUUGCUACACCUCUUCGUCGACGACCGCCGGAACGGGUCCUAGUCCCCCGACGGAAUACGACGAACCCACCGGCACGGCAGCAACAAAAACAGCAACAGCAACGGCCACGACGACGGCUGUGCCGGCGGAGGUGAAGAAAUGCAAGUCAAUACGAAGUGAAGGGGAAGUGACGCUGCAGGGUCCCCUCCGAAUCGCGGGUUCCGUGGCGGCCGGCGGGAAUGCGACGUUCAAUGGCGAUUUCGAUGUGAGGGACAGGGUCGAGGCGUACGGGGCCAUCGAGGUCAACGGGAACCUGGUGUGCGACGGGAGGAUGAAGGCGUAUGGGAAUAUUCAAGUUGUUGGGCACAUGGCUGUCGGUGAAAAGAUCAAGGGCUUCGGCAAGCUGAGCAUCGCGGGAACGUGCGAGGUAGAGGAGCUUGAAAUUUAUGGCAACACCCUUAUUCAAGGGUUUUUGAAAUGCAAGAAGAUGACCCUGUACGGGUCGUUGACGAUCGUAGGCCCCAGCUCGGGGUAUCACGUUGAGGAAGAGGAGAAGAUCUGGGGCGCCAUCAUCAGGCGCGAAGAGGGCGUGGGCUGGUGACUUGCGUGCAGCCUUUGACGAAGUCACUUCCAAGGAGUGAGCUGCUGGAUGCAAACGAUCGUAGGACUGCGAAUGAGGCAUAAAGAUAUAAACAAGGGGACUGUGGGCUUGGAUGAGUAAUGGUAAUGAAUCGAGAGGUAAGGCAACGUCGGGCAGCUUAGUACUUCUGUGGAAAUUCGUAUGGCGUUUGGCGUUGAGGUAUCGGAACUUGUAAAUAGAAACAGAACAGUACUGGACAUCGGAGACUUAAUUGGUUUUACGGAACAUCCAGCCACAACUAGGC